AUGGCUGACAUCUUGUUCGUUAGUAAUCUAGCCGUGAAAGCCGGGAAGAUGAUUGAAGCUGGCUUCUCAAAAAGUAUUCCGUAUGACAAGAAAGAAUCAUAUGCUGACUUGGUAACUGAAGUGGAUAAAGCUGUCGAGAAUUAUAUCUGUCAAGAAAUCCUUUCAUCGUUCCCUACUCACAAAAUUAUUGCAGAGGAAGGGUAUUCUGGAAACGCCGAGCUUACUUGUUCGCCUACAUGGAUAAUCGACCCGAUUGAUGGAACCUCAAACUUUGUUAGCAGGUUCCCUUUUGUUUGCGUUUCAAUUGCUUACUAUGUUAACAAAGAGCCCGAGCUAGCUGUUGUUUAUAAUCCGAUAUUGAAAUGGCUGUUUCAUGGAAUUCGUAAUCAAGGAGCAUUUCUGAAUGACAAACAAAUUCAUACAUCAAAACUUCAGGAUCUGUCUCAGGCUUUGGUUUUGACCGACUGGGGAGGUGACCGAAAUCCAAGUGUUUUAGAUAUUAAGUCAAACAAUAUUCGCCAAAUAAUAUCGAAAGCUCGUGGAGUGCGCACCAUGGGUUCAGCAGCUUUGCAUAUGUGUCAGAUUGCUGCCGGUAAUGGUGAUAUAUUUUUCGAAUUUGGAAUUCACUGUUGGGAUUAUGCCGCAGCUGUACUGAUUGUUCGUGAAGCAGGAGGUUUUUGUUGUAAUUUUGACGGUAAACCUGUAGAUUUAAUGGCGAGAAAUGUUAUAUGUGCGGGAACUCCAGAACUAGCUAACGCUCUUAUUCCUCUUAUUCAACCAGUUGGUUACGCGAGAGACUGA